AUGUCUGAACCCGUUGCUCCCUCUGCCGUGUACAGCAUUCGCCAGGAGAAGGUUCUUCUCCGCAUUGCUACGGGCGGAUCUGGUCAAUCUGGCUUGCUGGAAGCACUGGCAAAAGCGUUUGUCCAAUACUGCAUUGACAGCAAGGGAGUUGAGCCUUUCCUCGUUGAAUGGUACAAGUCCGACACCACCUUUUCGAUUGAAAAUUUGCGCAAAGGAGUCGCCGAUGUUGCUAUCACUUAUCAUGGCGUGGCUGAGAAGACCGCACUGGAUGACAAUAUUGUUGACCGCGUUGUUUACGCAUGGCGGGACCAUUGGCUGCUAAUUGGCCCAAAGACCAACCCUGCCGCCCUCCCAGAAAAUAGUCAGGCCAGUGUGUUUUCUCUCUUUACCAAGUUGUUCAGUCAAAUGGAAGAGAAGAAGGAUUCACAGUCGCCUAUCAAGUUCUUGUCCCGUUUCCCUUUCCAAGCUAUUCGCGAGGCGGCAAACCGGGGCGAGUAUACUGUGACGGACAAAGGAACUUGGCUGGCAAUUGAAGACGAGACAAGAGAAAAGUUUACCAUAUUUGUGAGUGCCUUAGCUCCUCCCCAGUCAGGGUCUUUGGGAACCAUUCCACCUCAGCCAGGGUCUUCCGGCACAACUCCUCCCCAGCCAGGAUCUGCUGGCUCGAACAAGGCGGCGGUCCCACUUUCAUGGUCAACUGAUGAGAUAUACUUUUUCAAAGAUCGACAGUACGUCCGGAUCAAUACCGUCUGGGAUACCAUCGAUAAGAAUGCCAAGGAUGUUUGGUCAAUGUGGCCUGCUCUCAAAGAUCUGGAAUUUACCCCAAUCAACGCUAUAUUCAGCGCACCCGAAAACAAGAUCGACGCAUACUUUUUCUGUGGAUCCCGUUGCGCGAGGCUCAAUACUCAGACCGGUCAACUUGCCGACGACGGCGGUCCAUUUAAUUUCCAGGAGAAAUGGCCUUGCUUGAAAGAUCUUGGUUUCGACCUGGUGGACGCGGCAAUGUCCUUCGGGUUCAAAGGGCCCGAAUCCGCAAGCGUCAUUUGUUUCUUCCGCAAAGAAACAUACGCUCUUGUCGAUGUGAAUCAAAACUUCCUUGUGGAAGCAGGACAUACAGCAUUGCGCUUCAAUGCUUUAGCCAAGGCCAAUUUCAAGACGAUUGAUGCUGUCGUGUUCAAACCGAGGCGCGGGGAGCGCGAGGCGUAUUUUUUCUCGGGUUCGCAGUACGCCCUCGUCGACCUAAUCGGCGACAAAAUUGCCUGGGGGCCAGUGAACGUGGACACCAUGUGGAGAUCUUUGAAGACUGUUGGGUUCUACUAA